AUGUGUAGUUACAGAGUGCAGCCAUUGGCUCUGACACUACCUUCACAGGGAGCUUUGACUAUUACACCUGAUAUACCCCAGGAAAAUCAUACCACUUAUGUCUGUAACUUUGGGGUGCAGGUAGACAAGCGAACGUCAGUAGCCUGCUUUCGAUAUGGUAGCUUGGUACCUAUCUACCUCUUGCUCUUUAUUUAAAGUCGCCCUCCUUUAUUUACUACAACUCGAAACAACAUAUCUCUACGAUUCAAACACAGUAAAAUUUGUUUAUCUUCACCAAAAACAUAACAACCAUGACUUCUCAAGUCAAGCUCUUCCUCGCCUCGUAAAUCCCUCUGCUGAACACUUUGGUCGCUGUCCAAGGCUAUGAGUUCACUGUUGGCCAUAAAGCCGAUGCUCCCAUUUCGAAGGUAAUCUAAACCCCAAAUCAUACAUUGUCUGACAUAGCUGAGAGAAAAACAAUUUUAGUUCGAAGCCACAUUGACAGUUCCACCAUUCUCCAAAGACGGCAGACAUAUUUUCGUAGCAGGUCUCACCAACCAAGCUAAGAACUAUGCCUAUGAAAACCGUCUCAGCGAUCACAACCCCGGAAAAUGGGAAGUGGAUUUGAUUCAGUAUGUAUUCUCAAUCUUGCACAUGAUAAUGGCAGACUAACAAUUGGCAUAAAGUGAUCAUGGUGGAAUUGCCACAGAAAACAAUAUCUUACCAGGCGAUAAGAUCCAUACCCUUCUCGAGUAUAACCAAGUAAACCAGAUCACCACCAAUAAUGUCACUAUUUCCUGGUCCCGAAAGUAUCAAGGCUGGAUUAAAAACAAGAUUUACGACUCAAGCGGCAAAUAUCCGUGAGUGGCAUUGCAAGUACAUCUUAUACGCUAGCGGUAUUGACUUAGAUACAGAACAAGAAGCUCCUACUGCCGGCAAGUUGAAUGUGGUAAGUUUUGAUCUGGUCUUCUCUCUUUUUAGGUAUAACAAUCGAAUAAAUUGAUUAUACAGGCUAGGCUUUAUGUUGCUUUUAGUAAAUGUGGUGUUUGGGACUUUGGACCAAUUCUCUGGGAAGAUGUUACCAUCAGUUCUCAGACAACAGAUCCAUGGUGGUGUAACGAUGUGUAAGUUUCUCCAGCCCUGAUAUCAAAGAUCUCAUACUAACAUGUAGAGCUUGCAGAUGGAAAGCUUCAGAUAACCUUCAGGUCACUGGUAGAGUCACCAUGUUCUGGGGUAAUGGAGAUAAGACAAAUUGCAAGUAUGAGCAUAUGACCUGGGAACCUUCGAAGAAGUAA